GGGAGACCGAUGGAUUUCAUCUACAAAGGCGUACAACACAUUCUUAUUUUGAUUUUGCAGAUGGAUGAUAAAGAUUUUGAGGCCAAUGAAGACAAUACAACUGGUGAUCGCAGCUUUUGAUAACAUUCGAUACAAUAUCUUAACGAUUAACAAGAAAUAUGCGUUCUCUUAAUUGUUGUCUGUCUUGUAAUAGAUUUGACACGUCAAAAUUAAAAGUUAUUGAAGAUUUGCUAGACAAAACUGCUCCAACUUUGAUGCCUUGUACAUCACCUGUCUUUCAAAAAGAUGUUCUUAAAAAGUCAAUAAUCCUAAACAACAGAAACAAAAAUAAAGAUACAAAAAACGACAGUCACAACACCAAAAUUGAUGAUGACCAAAGAAAAGAAGAAAUUAGUUAUUUUUAUCCAAAUCUUGACACUACAAUAUGGUCACGAACGUGUGAGAAAGAAGUAAUCGAACCACUUACUGGAAUAAUAACUGGACACAUACCAAAUUGGUUAAAUGGUACUUUACUGCGAAACGGUCCGGGGAGCUUGGAAGUGGGUUCCUAUAAGUUUGAACAUCUAUUUGAUAGUUCCGCUUUACUUCAUAGGUAUGAGAUUAACAAUGGAAAAAUUACGUAUCAAAACCGCUUUAUUCAAACUGAUGUUUAUAAGAAAAACCAUGCAGCCAAAAGAAUUGUAGUAACUGAGUUCGGCACUAGACGAGUGCCAGACCCUUGUCAAAGUAUCUUUUCAAAAAUAUCAUCUAUUUUUCGAUCUGCAGAUGCAUCCGACAAUACCAUGAUAUCUGUGUAUCCGUUUAAUGACGAGUAUUACACUUUUACAGAAUAUCCAAUUAUUCACCGUAUCGAUCCCAAAUCCUUGGAAACUUUAGAUAAGGUUAAUUUAGCAAAGUAUGUCAAUAUAGUUAGUCAUACGUCUCAUCCGCAUGUAAUGAGAGAUGGUACUGUAUAUAACUUGGGAAUGACUACUACCAGUAGAGGUCCAGCUUAUUCAAUCGUACGAUUUCCUCCAAGCAAGUUCUCAGAAGAUAAUGGAACAAAGAUAAAAAAACUUUCCAUGUUUGAUCAAGCAGAAAUUGUGGCUACUGUACUACCUCGAUGGAUAUUUAGUCCAUCUUACAUGCACACAUUUGGAAUAACAACAAAUUUCUUUAUUAUCGUUGAACAGCCAUUAACUCUUAGCCUCAAGUCAAUAUUUAUGCAGAAAUUAAGAAAUGAUCCAUUGUGUGCUGCCUUUAGAUGGUUUGGAAACGAAGACUCUCAGAUUCAUCUCGUGUCCCGUAAAAAUGGAAAAGCAGUAAAAACUUUCGUUACUGAGGCCUUCUUUUUCUUACAUAUCAUUAAUCAAUAUGAGACUCAGGAUGGACUUUCUGUAAUUUUGGACAUUUGUUGCUAUCGUGAUCCAAAAAUUUUAGACUGCAUGUUCGUUGAAGCUAUAGAGAAUGCCCAUGAAAAUCCAGAUUAUAGUAAAUUUUUUCGUGGGAGACCUCUUCGAUUUAUUUUACCGCUGAAAGAUUCUGAGUUACGUGUUCUGCCUGAAAUUGGUUCAACUAAAACUAACAACGUUAACAUUAGAAAAAGUGGCAGAAAAAAAAAAUUAGAAGAUAACAAAAAAAACGUUCAUGAUGUUUUGCAAAAAAAGUCAGCAGCCUUUAAGUUACCAAAUGCUAAAGCUUAUGUUGUACCAGAAUUAUUGUGUGACUUGGGAUGUGAAACACCACAAAUUAACUACAAGUUUAAUGUGGGACGAAAAUAUAGAUAUUUUUAUGCUAUAUGCAGUGAUGUUGACAGAGAAAAUUCUGGGAUGCUUGUGAAAGUUGAUACUGAGUUAAAAACUAAAUUGAUUUGGUGCGAAAGGAACGUGUACCCCAGUGAGCCAAUAUUUGUACCUGAUCCAGAAGGAAAGAAUGAAGAUGAUGGUAUUGUUUUAAGUUCACUCAUAUGGGGUCAAGAGCGUAAAACACAGGUUGCUCUUCUUAUCCUGAAUGCAGUUACCUUUGAAGAAGUUGCUCGGGCUACUUUCGAGACACCUAGUCCCGUGCCAAAAUGCCUUCAUGGCUGGUUUUCCAGUCUUGUACCUUAAGAUAAUACACAUUAUGUUAAAAUCAA